AUGAAAACGUCAACAUUGGUGGCUGCUUCUGCCGGCACGAUCUUGACGGGCCUGCUGGCCUAUGCCGUUUACUUUGACCAUAAGAGACAGACGGACCCCGAAUUCCGGAAAGCCCUGAAGCGGAAUAACCGGCGUAUGGCAAGAGCCGUGAAGGAGGAGGCAGAGGCUCAGGGCGCCAUGCAGCGCGAGGUAAUUAAGAAGGCCGUUGAACGCGCGAAGGAUGAAGGCUUCCCUACCGACCUCGAGGAGAAGGAGGCUUAUUUCAUGGGCCAAGUUUCCACAGGAGAGCACCUGUGUGCUCAAGGCGGUAAUAACCUGGAGGCAGCGCUCGCCUUCUACAAGGCACUGAAGGUCUACCCACAGCCCAAGGACUUGAUCUCGAUAUACGACAAGACCGUCCCCAAGGAAGUCUUGGAGGUUCUGGCAGAAAUGGUGGCUUUGGACGCUGGCUUAAAGCUGGGCUCGUUUACUGGUGAAACUGGCGGUUCCGAUGGCCCCGGAGUCGAGUAA